AUGUUUCUGAAAGUUUCCAGAUUUUCCGUGGGGUUGCGUGCAUUGUGGUGGUGCCUUGUGUUGCUUAAUGCUUGUGGCACCGGGGCAAAGGCCACCGCAUAUCCAUAUACCGUCUAUCGCGGUACGUUUGUUCAUUUCCCCCGGCUUAAUUCGAGUUUGUCGAAGCCGGAACUGGCCCGAAAACAAGGUGUUCUCUGGGUCUCUUCUGGAGAUGGCCGUAUCAAGGGCUAUGAUUGGCAAGUUCGCGACGAUUCCAGCUUCCAGUCGUUCCUAUCUCGCCAUGGAUGGACUGACGCCGAUGUCACAACUAAUGACAAUGCCGGUCCAUCCGCCAAAGUCAAAGUUGUGGAGUCAGUCGAUGAACGAAACGAGUUUUUCUUUCCCGGAUUCAUCGACACCCACAUCCAUGCGCCGCAGUUCCCCAACACUGGGCUGUUUGGAUCGGCAGGCCUCCUGGACUGGCUGAAUGAAUACACCUUCCCGCUAGAAGCUAGCUUUGGCUCCAAGUCAGACCCAAACAACCAAGAGACUGAUCCCAAAGACACGCCCCCCGAGGGCCUGCGCGUUUAUGAUCAAGUCGUCGCUCGUACUCUUGCCCAUGGCACAACAUGCGCAUCUUACUUCGCGACCAUCCACGUCCCGGCCACCAACGCCCUGGCUGCACUCUGCCACUCCCGCGGCCAACGCGCCUUCAUCGGCCGCGUCUGCAUGGACAACCGCGAUCAAUCCCCGCCAUAUUAUGUAGACCAGUCCGCCGACGAGGGCUUGAACGCAACAAAGUCGACAAUUGAUUACAUCCGGGCCCUUGACCCGAAAGGAGCAUUGAUCAACCCGAUAAUCACUCCCAGAUUCGCCCCAAGCUGCUCAAUCCACUCCCUCACUGGCCUAGGUAAACUGGCCGCAUCUUACAACCCGCCGCUCCGCAUCCAAACACAUAUCUCCGAGACCACCGAGGAGAUCGACCUCGUCCACCAACUGUUCCCGGAGGCAACCAGCUACGCCGACGUCUAUGACAAGGCUCACCUGCUUACCUCCCGCACCAUCCUCGCGCACGGGGUGCACCUUACCCACAACGAGCGCACUCUCAUCCGCGAGCGUGGCUCCAAGGUAUCACACUGCCCAGCGUCAAACUCCGCCCUCGGCUCUGGACUUGCUCCUAUCCGCAUCAUGCUCGAUGAAGGCCUCACGGUUGGUCUGGGCACAGAUGUGAGUGGCGGGUACAGCCCGAGCAUCCUUGAAGCGGCCCGGCAGGCUUGCCUGGUGUCUAGAUUGCUAGGAUAUAGCACCGACUUCCAAGAGAUGACAGGUAACUCAACGUCGACUGGGCAUGAGAAGCUUUCGGUCGAGGAGAGUCUUUAUCUAGCCACGCGCGGCGGCGCAGCAGUCGUCGACAUGGCGGAUGACAUUGGCGGGUUCGAUAAGGGGAUGAUUUGGGAUGCGCAGCUGAUUGAGCUGGGUGCUGUGAAUAAUAACACUGUGAGCCCGUCUGAUGUGGCAGGUGUGCAUGGCUUCGCUGGUCGGAUCCUUGUCAAGUCUGGCCCUGUGGGCAACGUUAAUUUGUUCGGAAAUGAGACUUGGCAGGAGCAGAUUCAGAAGUGGAUGUGGAGUGGUGACGAUCGGAAUGUGAAGAAUGUGUGGGUUCAGGGAAAGCUGGUGCAUACCAGAAACUAA